AUGGCUGCCUGCCUCAGUGCAGACGGCAGGAGACUUACGGCGGGCAGGACGUCUCGGUCGCAGGAGAGGUGGCAGCGAUCCCAGCAGAUCUUCCCUGAAGGGGCUUCAAGGACUGAAGUUGUGGAUUGCCUCCGGCCCGGGUGGUGCAAUGUGCUACCGGCAGCGGUGGCGGUGGCUACGGCGGCUGUGGCCGCGGUGUCUGCGCUGCAGUGGCUGUCCAGACCGCUGCAAUGCCCCAGCGGUGGCAACGGCCGAGCAGGCAUCCUGUCAACAGUGUCCGCCCUAGAGUGGGUUUCUGAUGCUGGCAGAAGCUGGGUCCCUGUGCUCAGGUGUGGUUCAGGGCACGCAUAUUUGGGAGGCGACUUUCAGGUCCAGUUGAAUCCAGGACUUGGUGUUAGGAAUGGCAUAUCAGGAGCUGACAUGAUGCCCCAGGGCUCCAGGCUGACUUCUGUCUCUGCAAAGAGGACCCUAGAAACAAGGAGCCGAAGAAGCCAGAGCUGGAGAUCCCAGGUACAUUCUUUGGAGCUUCCUGGGCCCAGUGGAAGCCCUACGUCAGACAGCUGUAGUGGCACUUCCUGGAAAAGCCCUGGCUGGUCAUCCCACGCUAGCCGCCCAGCUAUGGAUGACCAAUUGUAUCUGCCUUCUCCCUACCCUGAACCUGGAACCAGAAUGAAGGUCCACAGCCAGGAAAACAGCUUUCAGAAGCUUGAGGCAGAGACAAAUGUUGACACCGGAUUCACUAUCAUCAAUUCUGAACCCAGACAACCUCUGCUGAGUAGAUUUCCGAGGGAUCUGCACACCAGCCAGCUACCAUCCUGCUUGCCAGACUCUUCCUCGGGGUUGGCUACUUCCAAAAAUAACAGAGUCCUUAAGGAAAGAGUGUAUCCUUUGUCAUUUGCUGGCCAAGAAAGGGAACUUGGAGCAAGGAAAAUAAUCUCAAAAUGUCCCUUUCGUCUGCAAGUCCAGGGUGAAGAAAAAGAAGAAGAAUUUUUUAUAUAG